CUAUCUAACAGUUAGGAUGUUUAUAAGAUUCUAGAGUCACAGCUUAACCCUUGUCCUGCUGGUUCGCGGGCCUGAGUCCAAGAGCAACAAUCCCAAUUUCCUGUGGAUCGUUAGAGCGGCAGACCGGAAUUUACGAAGAGCGAAUCUAAGCAACAUGCGUCUCCUUCCAGAAGGUGAUCUCUCACGUCUCCUCCGAUCAUUAACCCAGGAGCAAUGUCAGCGUCUUCUCAAUGUCCUCGCGGAGUCUCUCAGCAGUUCCUCAGCCCAAUCUACUUCAAACAAGUCAGAAAAGCUGAUCCACCAGCCUCUACGAAGCCACAUCGUCACCAAGGGCAAUGACACAUCCUUAUUCAUGCCUUCCUCGAAUAACACAACAACCGGGAUUAAAAUUGUCACGAUUCCUGGUGAUGGGGGCAAUAUAGCUGCCGUAAUUAAUAUCUUUACACCUAAUGGUAAGCUGACCGGACUCCUCAGCGCGGCUGAGGUCACGGCCUUCCGAACCGCGCUUGCGACAAUGACUCUCUUCACCCGCUGCACCUCUUUGAGGCGAGAGAAUAUUGUUGUCUUCGGCUCUGGCAAGCAAGCAGAAUGGCAUGCGCGACUGGCGGCGAUACUCCUUCCACAAGAGGUCAAAAAGAUUACAUUUGUCAAUCGUGGCCGCCAACGAUUGGAGCAGAUCGAGAAAACUCUCCUGCCAGAACUACGUGAACGCUAUCCGGGCAUAACUACGGCAAUCUUGCCCCAAGAGGGUAUACCUGACUAUUCCGAGAAACUCCAGGCAGCACUGGCGGCCUGUGAUGUUAUAUUUUGCUGCACACCUUCUACUGCUCCGCUCUUUCCAUACUCCUAUCUCGAACCUAAAGGCGGCGAAGUGUCGAAGCAGCGAUUCAUUUCGUUGAUCGGUUCGUACAAGCCACAUAUGCAGGAGAUCGAUACGCAGACUCUGUUCACAGGCGGUGGAAAGAUCUAUGUUGAUUCGAAGGAAGCCUGCCUUGAAGAGUCCGGGGAGCUCAUUAAUGCUAAGGUAACUGAGGAUCAGCUCAUCGAGGUUGGUACACUGUUUAAUCCUGGGGAAGAGACGAGUGCGCUCUCUAUACCCGCGGGAUUUAAUGUCGUAUUCAAGUGCGUGGGAAUGGGAAUUAUGGACUUAGUCAUUGCAAACAAAUUGCUGGAUAUUUCGAGGGAAUUGAAUAUUGGCACGGAGAUCAAUGGCUUUUAGGCGAGCUUAUGAAUUUAGCUAAGGGAUUCGUCACGGAGUAGAACUGCUGACCAGGAGCUGGGACCGCUAGCGAGGAGUUAGUUACGCGGCCUCGCGAAUAGAUAUCUUCAUCGCACAGCUCGAUCCUGAUUCAAGCUCCUCGAGCUACGUCUUGUCUAUUGAGCCUGCCUGCACUAGCCCGUUCUACUGUCUGAACCUGAUGGACAGAGAUCC